AUGGAUGUCGAUGGGUUUGGAUGGAGUCCCGGAACAAUAUGUGCGGUGGACGACACUGCUUUAUACGAAGCCUACCAGCAUUGUAUGAUGCUCAACAAACAGGUCGUUCUCUGUACAAGUAGGGGUUCAUCAGGGUUCAUCACCCUCACCCCUGCUAUUCAUACUGUGCAUGGACACGAUAACGAAGGGAAUCUAGAAGCAGCAUCUGUUGACCCUACUCUUUGCCGACGAUUUCAUGCUCGCGCCGGAGAUGAUCUUCAAAAACAAGUACAAUCUUGGAAGGACUGGCUGCAGCGACAUGGAUUGCGCCUCAAUGUAUCAAAAAACGAGUACAUGGAGCGCGGACGUAGGAGAGAGGAUGGUUCAGUUCGUGUCGAUGGCAUCGAAUUAAACUAA